AUGAAGACAUCAAUGUUAACAUCCCUCAAAUGUCCCAACAAAACAAACCAUCGCCCUCCAAAAACCGGUCCAGUUGCUCCAACACCAACGAGUUCUCGUCCAGGAGCUUCACCUCCAGAUACUCCUUCUCCAGAUGCUCCUUCUCCUGUUGCUCCAUCAAAUGCGAAUCCCGUCGCAAGGAUUCGGAAUUCGACGAUGAUGAGUCCCAGAGGCUCCAGUUCAUCUAUGUCUUCAGAUUAUUUGGAACAACAAGCAGAUGAACUACCAAACAUCAACAUCUCUGAAGAACCAACUUCUAAGAAGCCAAGGAAAAUCUAUCCUCAAAAAUUCGAUGAUGGUGUGGAAUAUGAUGUUCCAGGAGUUCCAAGCUCAUCUUCUCGAGACUUCAUUAUGUUGAUGUCCCUAAUGGUGCGAAUGUUUUGUAUGUUUCUAUUACUUCUCACGGAGACAAUCUAUCCUGUAAUUUUCAGAUCUGACAGUACCAACAAGCGAAAGAUGGAGGUCAUCGUUGAUCAUGUGUGCAAAGCUUUCUGCCCGAAGGGAGCAACAGGACAGGCUGUCGCAGAACUCGCUGCCUUCCCGACACUUACCCGAGACGUCGUUAUUGUGUCAAUCGGAAAACUUUUGUCUUUGCGGGACCCAACGCAAAGAAGACUAGGGAGAGGUGCCAAUGCCCCAAAGAACUUCGAGGCUUCCUGUUUUGCAAAGAACUAUGUCAAUCCGACGGAUAGAGUGAUUGAGGAGCUCCAGAAAUAUGAUGAACAAUACCACGAGGAGUGCGAUAAUACCGAUGACAUCAUAAAAAUGUAUCCCAAGUUCAUCUUCUUGGUCUCUCAAGGAGGGGAAGACUACUUCUUCUCUCCGAGGGAACCCGUGGUGAAAGGAGAAGAUAGAUUACUGUUGGAGGAGAAAGUGAAAAUCGUCAGCAAAUUCAAGGAUCACUGUGCCACCAAGGAGCAGUUGGCACUCGUUCGGAAGAUCCUCUCAAGAGUGAAAGCAGGAGGAAUUAUCAACUACAUCAAGAAUGGAUAUUGCCAUGGAUUCUACAUGCCCGAGUCCUUGGACGACGAGAUGACAGACAUCUCGGGCGGUCCAACAAUAUUCCCGGAAUAUGCUGAAGAAGAAGGUGCAGUGAAGAAGAUUAUGGAGAAUCUCGGAAUGGAAGAAUCAGAGUUCGACGAAUUCAGUGGAGCCAGCUGGAAACUCCCAAUGAUUAUUAUUUUGGGACUCAACAAUCAAAACUCAACAAUUUAG